CCCUUGCUCCACCAAACUAAUCCAAAACUUAAGUGAUACAAGAUCAGAGCAAUCCACAGGCAUUUCUAGCACAUAUUUGACAACUUCCAAUGGCUCAUGGAAAAAUGGAGAUGGCUCUGGUCCUAGUCUUGGUGACUAUGCUCUGGGCAGGAGCUACGGCUCAGUCAAGUUGUUCAAAUGUGAUCAUCAGUAUGUCACCAUGCCUUAACUACAUUACCGGCAACUCCUCAACACCAUCUUCAAGCUGCUGCUCACAGCUUGCUAGUGUAGUCCGCUCGCAACCACAGUGCUUGUGUCAAGUCCUUAAUGGUGGUGGCGCGUCAUUGGGAAUCAACAUAAACCAGACUCUGGCUCUAGCCCUGCCUGGUGCUUGUAAUGUUCAGACCCCACCUAUCAGCCGCUGUAAUGCUGCGUCACCGGCCGCCUCUCCUGCAGGAUCAACAGAAUCUUCAAAUACAACUCCUUCAGGAAGUGGAUCUAAAACCGUGCCAUCAACAGAAGGCAAUUCAUCAGCUGGAAAUUCCAUCAAGUUGUCGAUUUCUCAUCUCUUCUUCCUUAUAUGUGCUGCAACAGUUGCUACAGCCUUUACAACAUAUUGAUCUCAUUUGUUAGCCUGCUUUUCACAGCAAAACAUUCCUACCUGUUCUUGAUGAUUAUUACCGUAUUCUUCCUUUUAUGACUUCCCUUAGGUUGUGGGGUUCUUAUGUAUUUAUUGUUUGUGACAUCUUCAGGGGUUGAUAUGUUCUUAUAUUAUUGAGGAGACAUCUUGUGCUCUUCCCUUCUUAAUAAAGAUGAUUUCUGCCUUAUAA